AUGCACACGGACAAUAAACUGGCCAAUCAUGGCGAGCAAGUCACCGGUGACGGACGAGCUCAAAUGGCCGCUGUAAACCUGCAAGCCCAGCAGCAGGGAGCCGCCGGUCAGCCGGGCCCCAAGAACCGCCUCGCUUCCGGGGGGCAUGGAGGCAACAAGAGUAGCACCGGGUCAAAGGUCGCCGGGCAAUUGGCGAGCGGCGCCGGGGGGAUGCUCAAAACCAAAAGCAAGCGGGAGAGGAGUGUGUCUGUGGAUUCUAAUGAACCGAGACAGGCUGCUUCCAAAAGUCAGGAAGCUGAUACCAAAGCAGAGGGUGUCACGCGCAGUAAGCGUCGAUGUGUUCUGGAGAAGAAGCAGCCAUACAGUGGAGAUGAAUGGUGCUCUGGACCCGACACCGAAGACGAUGAAGACAAGCCUCGUUUGACCACGCAACGCGAGCGAGGGCUGUCAGGACCUAGGCAAUCUGAUAAUCCACCUGCAGGGACUGCCACAUCUGAGCCUGUAGUGGCUUGUGGACCAGGACCAGUAACUGGACUGAAGCCAGGACCGCCUGCGCCUCAGCCCUCACAGCAGCUGUUGUAUGUCUUCACAACCAGUAUGGCCAACAGUGCUGCAGAGGCAGUGAUGAAAGGGAAGGUGGAUUCCAUUCUUCAAUUCCACCAGCAAAAUGUUCCACGAACAAAGUUGGAGCAGGGACAUGCACUGCUUAGAACUGGUGAGAAGGUGAACUCCAGCACUUCUCCACCCGCAGGCACACCUAAAUCCAAAAGUGGAACCCCUCGACCCAACUCGGCUGGAGGCAGUGUCCCACUCUCUGCGGGAACUCCGAUGCCAGAGGGAGAUGGCAAAGGCACACCUUUAGGCUCAGUCUCAGGAGCUGUACACGAUGAGGGUCUUCCCGUUCCUAGUCUUUCCCCAUCAGGGAGUCCUUCCCUCUUGUCCGUGCAUUUACAGGGUGACACAAGAAACAGAAGUGGCCCUGAAAAUGUAGGCGGUCUUUCUAAGGAGCAGCUUGAACACAGGGAACGUUCAUUGCAGACUCUGAGAGACAUCGAGAGGCGAUUUCUAGGCACUGGUGAAAGACCUCAUAGUGACACGGGAGGCUUCAACAAUAACCUUACGAAUAAUGCUUCCAAUGAGAUUAACAACAGCAGUAGUGAGCGAGGCGCUAUUCUUGAGGACAAUAACGGUACGAACACUGGGGAUUGCGGUAGCAUGGCACUGUCGGCCUUGGCCUCACUGGGAAACGUAAAGAAAUUUGAAGAACCACUGCAGUCCAUAAUGUCUCAAACGCAAUUGCUCAGCACUGCUACCCACAGCCCGGAAAUAGACCAUCACCAUAAUCUACAGCAGCACUCUCAUCAUCAGAUAUCCUCACCUGGUUUAGACAUGGGCCCCUUACUUGGACCGGAAGGGCUUAAUCAAGAACAAAUUGCGUGGCGGAAACUACAAGAGGAGUACUACCAGGAGAAGAGGAGGCAACAAGAAAUGCAAAGUCCCCAGAACUUGAGGAUGAUGACUGAAAUGGGCUUGCAUGGAGGUCCCAUGAUAAUAAGGGGACCACCUCCCCCAUAUCAUAGCAAGCCUGGAGAUCAACAAUGGGCUUCUCGAAACAUGAUGGGAGGAAGAAUGGCCGAAAACGUACGAAUGGCAAGUAUGCAUCAAGAAGGACCUGGGCGCCCAAGGUUCCUUGCACAGAUGCAGAGAGGGACACCAGGUGGAGAAGGGUUUCCUGGUAGUCCAGGGGGGCUUUUAUCUGUCGAUGGUCUAGGACCUCAAAGGCCUACAAGGCCAGAGAUUUGGCUUGAUAAUAUGCCAAACAACAUGGAUGGCGGAGGUCAAUUCCAUGGCUGCUACCCUCCACAGCACUUGCAGGACGAGCCAGAGCAUUUAUUAACCCGUGAGGAAUUGUUUCGGAUAACAGAGAAGCGACAAAUGCAGGGGCUUCCACGGUUUGAACUGGACCGGAUUAUUGCACAGAGGCAACAUGGCAAUAUGGGCUCGAGAAUCAUGGAAAAUCCAGGGGGACCAGACUUCUCCAAUUUGAUAAUGGGGAGAGGUCCACCUUCAGAUCAAGGGGAUCCUUUGGACUUUCCUAGUUCACGGGACAUGAUGAGUUCUCCUGGAGGUGGGCCUCAGAUCAGAGAUUUAUUGGACUCUCCCCUCGGAAGCAACCUUACUGUAAACAUGAACCCACAGAUGAAUCUUCAACAACAACAUUUGACUCUGUCACAAAAGCUCAGAAGGGGCCAAGAAAGAGCGGGACCUUUUGGUGAGUUUAUCAGUCCUGGAGAAAUGGCAAGAAUACGAGCGUCGCAAAAUGAGAGAAGAAAUAUGGCAAUGGUCUCAGGACCUGAUGGACCAUUUCGUUUUCCGACACAAGGCCCUUUCUCCAGUGGUGAAGGUCCAUAUCCUCAGCAGCCCCCUGAGCUGUACGGGCCUGAGCCGGAAAGCCGAAAUCCAUUGGGAAGUACGUCACGUCUCAGUCAUAUGCCAAUCACUGCAGACCUCAGAGCAGGAGGUUCUGGUCCCCGGCAUUCUAGCGACCUAUCUGUUAAUAUUCACCCUCUGGCUUCUCCUACGGUCCAGCAUCCUCACCAUCUUAGUUCUCCAUCCUUUCACCGAGAUGCAUCAACUCACCUUCCGUCACCGUCUGCUCCAGGACAGAAGUCUCCUUCAAUUAUUGUCCCUCCAGGUCCUCACCCUGCUCUUCCCCCUGCUUCUGGUGCAGGAACACCUUGUUCUUCUUCCAUCAAAUCGCCCCAAAUAAUGGGGCCUUCUAACCAUGACUUGCACUCCCCUUCCAACUCACCUGGACGGCUGAAGUCCCCAACUGUGGCUAUGGGCUCUCCUACGUGGAUUUCUCCGAAAACGGAUCCUUCAAGUCCAGGUGGACUUACCGGUGUGGGGGCUUCAGGUAAUGGAGGAACACACCCUGAAACAGGUCGAUCACUACCCGCUAGAAGUUCCAACUCCACCCCAAAUGGCCAACCAGGCUCGAUGAAUCCUAGUAUGACAUUCACAUCUUCGCCCAAUGCCCCACAAACACAGAAUCCUUUGUCGCUGAUCAUGUCUCAGAUGUCCAAGUAUGCUCUGCCCAGCGCCACUCCCCUUUACCACGAUGCAAUCAAAACAAUUGCGACUUCUGAUGACGAGAUGAUGCCCGAUCGACCUCUUCUGCCUGGUGUCAGCAUUGGAGGAAACAUUGGGAACCCUCCGACAUCCCAGGGCCUGGUCUCACAGAGUUCCAUCGCUGCCCAGAGUGAUUCCCAAAGCCCCGUGGGAAUCCCAAGCCAAGGUCAGCAGCAACUAUCCCAUGAUGCCUCGGAACCUGUGCUGUCUUCCCCAAACCCAAUGGGCCUUCCUCUCAUGACUUCCACCAUGAUGGGAGGAGGAAAUGAUGACCUCGGUCCUUGCAAUAUUUCACCAAUGUCUCAAAACCAGAUGGCGGUUUUUCCCCGCAUGCAGCCUUCGUCUCACAGCCGUAUGCGAUCUCCCAUUGGCAGAAUAUCUCAAAACUUUUCUCAGUCCAGCGAAGACAUUCUUUCUCCUCAGCACCUCAACUUGCUAGGUAAAGACCCACACCAACGCCACCCUCAUCCCUCAGAGACCUUACCGCCUCUUACCAUGGGAGACGGCCCAGAUCUGAGUGAAGUCAUACGACCUACUCACUCUGGGAUCCCUGAGUUCGACCUGUCUCGCAUCAUUCCCUCUGAUAAACCCAGCAGCACUCUCCAGUAUUUCCCUAAGAGUGAACCGCACCAGAAUCCAAACCAGGGGCCGCAACCCCAGCAGCUCCUUAAACACUUAACUUCCUCCGGUCCUCCUCACAUGUCAUCAUCCAACCCCCACUUGGCCAAUUUGCAGAAUAUGCUGCCAGAGCAGCAGCUGCCUCCUCACCAGGGUCAUGGCGGACUCGGACAAAAUAUGGCUGUCCUCCAAGGAAAUACCAGGGGGAUGGUGUCCAGUGCAGGCAUGGGUGCUAUGUGCCGUGGUGGACACAUGUUUGGAAGGACAGGCAUGGUUCCCCAACAACAGCAAGUCAUGAUGGCAAACAGCCUUCUCCACCAUCCUGCCAGCCCAUAUACAGGAAUGAUGUCACCUCAGCAGCACCAGCACAAUUUAAUGGCGCGGCAAAAUGCGAUGAUGAUGCAGGCCAAGCAACGCAACAUGCCCAUCCCGGGAGACCCCUUUAGCACCCAGGGUGCUUUAAUGUCCCCUCAGGGUCCCAUGAUGGCCCCAUCCCACACGCAGACUGGAAUGAUGGGACCGCAGUCUCUCAGACAGCGGGGUAUGUCUCUGGACAGCCCCAUUGGGUACGGUCCUGGCGGUAUGACCAACAUGCCUUUUUGAUCCACCUAAGCGUCGACGUUAUAAUUGUACUUAGUGUAUCAUUUGUUCUUUACGGUUACAUUUAAAAAAAAAAAAAAAACAAUCAGUCACUGUUUUUUAUUUGACAAUGAAAAGAUCAAAUUAUGCACGGAUUGGCGUGACCACUUUUUUUUUUUAAUUUUUUUAUUAACGUCUGUUUUUGGGAGAAGAAAACUUAGGAACAUCAGUAACAAGCUUCCUGUGGUGGACUGCUACUUUAUACUUGUACAUUGAAAUAUUUAAGAGCCUUGUAAAAUGGUCCGAGAUUAAAAAGAGCGCUUUUCUAGAAAAAAAAAAUACUUUAUGUACAUUUCUGAGAUUUGCUUGUUUGUUGGGAAUCAUUUGGCAGAUAAGAGUGCCUCGAAUUUAUAAUUUUUGUCUCUAUUUCUUCAACUACCAAAAACUGCUGCGCAAAGGAGUUAUAUAUAUAUAUAUAUAUGAAAAAAAUAAUAUAUACCUGCUGUAUAUAAAAUGCAAUUUGUGAUUGUUUGCACUCAUGUUCUGUACAACUGUGUUUUAAUAUGUCUAAAAGAAAAGAAUGGUCAGAAUCUUUGGUGGGUUUUACAUGGAACGGUGGUUGUUGUUUGAGGAACUCAGACGGGACACAUUUGCAGUCAAAUAAAUGAAAGCCUUAAAUAAUUCUUGGUGUGAAGACUCAUCCAAACAGUGCUCCCCUUGAAAUAUUUGUAAAUCUUCAAAACUGAAUGACCUCCCCCCACAAGUUUAUAUUUUCAAAUUUGUGCACGCUAGGGUACAAACUACCGUCCAUAACAACCAACAUUAUUAUUUGUUUAAGCUUUCUUUUAAACAAUAAAACUCCCAAGUGCAAACCUCUGCCUAAGCUGCGGAAUUUAAAGCAUCACCAUAUUUCAGACAUCUGACCUUUGACCAGGGGUGAAAGUGGUUACAAUAUCUUGCCGGAACCCCCCGACGUGAAGUUCGCCACGGAGCCAGAAAUUGGGGGGUCAAAACUACUGAAAUGCAAAGAAAACUGGUUUGGUAAGUUAUUUCUAUAACACAAACAAAAACUGAUUUUCAUUCAAAAUUGUAUUUUUUCAAUGAUUUGCAAAAUAAAAGUUAAAAACAGCUAUAACCCCAACCUCCAUCUCCUAAUUUGUAUUUUCCCUCAUUUCCACAUAUACUAAAUGCCAAAUCUCAAUUUUAACUACGUACUUAAGAACAUAGGAUGUAUAUUAAAAUUUAAGAUAAAUGUAAACAUUUACUUUUUGUUGGUUUUUAAUAAUAAAGAUACAAGUAACAUACAUUCACAAAAAUAAGUAAAAAUGACUUAAGAUCGCGCAAACAUUGACUUUUUUAAAUAAUAAAUCAAUCAGUAGCCUAACAUAAAUGAACAAAUAAUAAGUCCAAAGUGCACAUUGACAGCUAAGAUGUUCUGAACCUCCCUAUCAGAGCAAAUAAAACUAAAUAUGAUAAAUAAGCCACCUUAACUCUUUCCUUGCUUUUAAAGAUUUGAUCAGUUUUCUGUUGCAUUGCCCUUUUUUUUGCUAUAUCAGAAAACAUGCACAUUUGAACCAAUCAGAGCUAACUAUCUCUGGUGAUCACAUGUCAGUAUGUCAGCCAAUUGAACGGAUAAAUGAGUCCAUGCGUUUUGCUUUUCUGCGUGCAUUCGCACAUUGACGUGACUUGUCAUCGUCAGACUCAGAUUACUGCAGCAGCUGGGGAAACCUCCAUGCCGUCAGUGGAAUAAAAUAAAUAGUAAAUAUCGGUGGAAACGGAUUACGCUGCACAAGCACUUUUUUGUGCUUGUUAAAGAAGUUACAGCUCUGUGAGAGCCACAAAUCUUGGUUGUUUGUAGGUGACCAAAUACUUAUUUCCCACCAUAAUUUGCAAAUAAAUUCUUUAAAAAUCAGACGAAAUGAUUUUCUGGAUUUUUUUCCCCUCAUUCUCUCAUAGCUGAGGUAUAUCUAUGAUAUUUACUGGCCUCUCUCAUCUUUUUAAAUAGCUGAACUUGCACAAUUGGUGGCUGACAAUACUUUUUUGCCCCACUGUGUGUGUGUAUAUUAGUGUACUCAAAACAGAAUGAAGGAUUAUCAAACUUGCAGGAUGUUUGUAUAGGUGAUUCAAUUUUGGGGUAAUGAAGUUAAGAGGCUCCUCUGUCCUCCACUGUCCUGUAUUAUUGGCACGUGUUUGAACUCGUACUCAGGAUUUAAAAAAAAAAAAAAAAAACACCUGUCCACAACCUCAAAGAGUCACACUCCAAACUCGACUAUGGCCAAGCCCAAAAAGCUGUCAAAGGACACACCAGAAACAAAAUUGUAGACCAGAACCUCACCGGGAUGACUUGAUCUGCAAUAGGUAAGCAGUUUGGUGUGAAGAAAGCAAGUAUGGAAGCAAUUAUUAGAAAAUGGAAAACAUACAACCACUGAUAAUCUCCCUCGAUCUGGGGCUCCAUGCAAGAUCUCACCCUGUACAGUCAAAAGGAUCACACGAACAGUGAUCAAAAAUCCCAGAACCAGACGGAGGGACCUCGUGAAUGACCUGGGGAGAGCUGGGACCAAAGUAACUAAGGCUACUGUCUGUAACACACCCUGCCAUCAGGGACUCAAAUCCUGCUGUGGCAGACGUGUCCACCCUACUUAUCCAGUACACGUCCAGGCCCAUCUGAAGUUUGCUACAGAGCAUUUGGAUGAUCCAGAAGAAGACUGGGAGAAUGUCAGAUGGGCGGAAAAAAAACAGAACCCUUUGGUAGAAACCAACUUUUUGUGUUUGAAUGCGAAAGAAUGCGGAAUUGUAUCCAAAUAACACCAUACCUACUGUGAAGCAUGGGGGUGGAAAUUUCAUGCUUCACAGCAUUUUUUCCUGUAAAGUAGGGGUCCCCAAACUACGGCCCACGGACCAUAUACGGCAUCCUCCACAUUUGGUCCGGCCCCCUGAACAAUACCAGAGAGCAUUUUGAUUUUUUUUUUUUUUUUCCCAAUAGUGUUAUUUAUUUCCUGGCUUUUUUCUGUGAAGAACCCAGAGAGGGUUAUUUGGUCAUUAUCUAUUUAAUUAAUAGUGUUAAUAUUAUAUUAUUUAUAUAUUAUACUAUAUUAUUUUUAUUUUAUUUACUUUUGUUCCGUGAAGAUUCCGGAAAGGGUUAUUUGAUUGUGGCUUUCUGAAAAACAAUAAAUUUUUACAUUUAAAGUUAUGUGGCCCUCACAGGAAAAGGUUUGGGGACCCCUGCUGUAAAGGGAUGAGGAGACCUGAUUCGUGUAAAAGAAAGGAUGACCGUAUUUUAUGGACUAUAAGUCACACCUGAGUAUAAGUCGCACCAGCCAAAAAAUGCGCAAUGAAAAUUAAAAAAACAUACUUUAAGUUGCACUGGAGUAUAAGUCGCAUUUUGGGGGGAAAUUUAUUUGACGGAAUCCAGCACCAAGAACAGACCUGUCACCUUAAAAGGCAAUUUAAAAUACAAUAGAGAACAACAGGCUGAAUAGGUGUACGGUAUGCUAACAUUACAUAACGCUAGAAGUUAGAUCGGGCCUAAAAAAAAUCCAGCCCGACCCGACCGGCCUGCCGAUAAGUUAACCUGAUUUGCAGGCCCGAGCCCGAAACCCCCCACCCCCCCCCAACGCGAAGUUCUAUGUUUUAUUUGUGCGGACUCAGGAGAAAGAGGAAAUGCAGGGAUGCGAUGUGUAGUUGCGUUUUGUGUGAUCACAUUUGUGAUGAUGCCUGUACAUACGUAAAUAUGUAUAAUGAUAACAAAUUAAAGCCUGUCUUUCGUAACGAAUUCUCCACUCAAACAAGACUAAGAUGGGUAUUCAAUAAACAUAUCUUUUAUAUUUGUGUGUCUUUUCUAACAGCCGGAUAGUGGACUUGACAUUUAUUUUAAUCUCUUCUAGAUGGAAGAAAAAAAGCGCUAGUUUUCUCAAUGUUAAAUUAGAGGGAGUUGAAAGUCCCUGUUGCCCAACGACAGCCUCAAAACAACACUGCUCUGGGGGAGAUCUGCAUGGAGGAAUGGGUCCAAAUAAAUUAAAAAUCAAAGUGAUUUUCUGGAUUUUUUUCCCUCUCAUUCUUUGUCUCAUAGUUGAUGUAUACAUAUGAUGAAAAUUACCGGCCUCUCUCAUCUUAUUAAGUGGGAGACCUUGCACAAUUGGUGGCUGACUACAUAAUUUUUUGCCCCACUUUAGGAAACCAAAUAAACUCCACAUUCAUAGGUUUCAUCCACUGGCAUUUUAAGGUCACUUCCUUGUUAACUCAUUGGCUG